UGCUGUCUCAGUUUGGUUAAAGAAGGAUGUAUGUUCAUUUUUUCUUUCAUAUCUACACGUUUGUAAAAACUAAGGGAAUACAUAUGACCUACCAACAUUAAAAAUAACCACAGCGUGAAUGAAGAGGAGACAGGAAGUAAAGAAGAUAGACAUUUGUCUUUGACAAGUACAACAGAGUUCGCAAGUUGCAGUUGUGACAAGAUGAGAAGGAAAACCAGAACAAAAGGCGAUGAUUGAUCACAAAUUAUUCAACAUUUCUCUAUUUUUGUUGCUUCUUUAUUCAGGAGCACUUAGUGAAGAUCUUCCGCUUGCCUUCACUGUCAGAGAUGGAGAUAAAGUCACUUUGCCUUGUAAAAAUCGGUUCAACAUUCAUCACAACUGUGGCACUAUCACCUGGAUCUUCAGAGAUUCAAGAGGCACACCAGCAGUAGAGCUGGUUAAUCUUGGACAAAUCAAAGAAGAAGCCAAAUCAGACAGACUGAGUGUUACAGCAGAAUGCUCACUGGUUAUAAAGAAGGUCACAGCUGAGGAUGUUGGUCGUUACACCUGCAGACAGUUUAGAGGCAAUCCAGGGAGACAGCAAGGUCCAGAUGCUGUGGUUUAUCUGUCUGUUGUUGUCAUGACCGAAAAGAAGAACGCUGAUGAGGUGACUUUAAGCUGCUCUGUGUGGACAUUUGAUCGGUGUAGACACAAAGUGAAGUGGAUCCAUAACAGAAGAGAUCUGGAUAGAGAUUACUCAAAUUUAAAAACAUCACAGUCUUCCUGCUCUGCUACUGUGACAUUUCUGAACCUUACAUAUGGUCACAUAUCAAGUUCUGACUUUAAGUGUAGCUUAAAAAGAACAGAAAAUAACAAAGAGCAGCUUUUUACCUUCAGCCAUCAUUCAUCAGGUGAAGAAACAAAUACAGCAACAACAGUUAAAUUAGACACAGUGACUACAAUAAAAGUGCUGGAAAUGGAUGGUUCAACAAACUUACCAGAAAUAUAUGCAGCAGCAACAAUUAAAUUGGAAAUAAUGACUGAAUCUGGCAUUAAAGGAGGUCUGACAACAAAACAGCUGGAAAUCAUGAAUGGUUUGAGAAAAUUACCAGACUGGUCCUGGUACAGGCUUGCCAUUGUGGCCCUGGGUUUAGUAGCACUUAUAGCAGCUGUUGUUGUCGUCAGCAUCUGGAUAAGAGCUGGGAAAAAAGCACAGAUGGAUGAAAACAUGGAACAGAAUUUAAACUCUGCAGUAACUUCGUCUGCUCCAGGAACCAUUCAGGAAUCUGCUGAUCUUCAAGAUGUUGUUCUCUACACCUCCCUCAGCUACACCGAGACCACCUACAGGUGUCCAGGUCUUCAGGUAAUUUGAUUGUUAAGGUUGCGGGGUUUCUCCUCCUACUGAUCCCUGUCAGUAGUU